CUAGCAGAUCUAGGAAGGUCAGUGUUGCUCCUGGGCAAAGCUCUGAAGUCGCAGCUGACAUGGAGAGAGACGUCAAGAGCACAGCCAAGUAGAGAGGUUCUCUGGCCCCUUUGGCCAAGCCUGGUGGUGAGUCUUGGUUGUGUAGAGCGGGCGUUAACAGCGAUUGCUGCCUUGGGGUGCAGAUGCUCUUGGCGCCCAUCAUCCGGGGGUGCUGCUGGUAAUGAUGCUAGAGAAAGGGGAGCCUUGCCCCAGCUCUGAUGCUUUGCACCUGCUGAGGAGGUCAGCCCCUUCUUCCUUGUCCUAGAAAGGAAGGUGUUUCAUUUAGGUGUAGGCCACAAGGUGACCGUAAAUACUCAUGUACCUGUGUAAUUCAAUUAAUGCUAGCUUAUUUUUAGAAAUCAUCUAAGAAGCUGAUCAUCCAACUACAAAAUUGCCAGUGGGAAAUGAGAAGCAGAUGGCGGAAGAGAACCUUGCUCUAUGGGGGACGUGCUCACACGGAACUUGGGAAGGAAAACAGUUUCAACAAUGAAUAGGUCACCCAUCAUGACUGACUACAGAUGACUUGCCAUUUCAUUUACAAAGAUGUCGUCUGCUGCUGAAAAUGGAGAUGCCGCACCCGGAAAACAGAAUGAAGAAAAAACUUAUAAAAAGACUGCAUCAUCUGCUAUCAAAGGUGCUAUUCAGCUGGGAAUAGGAUACACAGUGGGGAAUCUCACUUCUAAGCCCGAUAGAGAUGUCCUCAUGCAAGACUUUUACGUAGUGGAAAGCGUCUUCCUGCCCAGUGAAGGGAGCAAUCUGACCCCAGCUCAUCAUUACCCAGACUUCAGGUUUAAGACAUAUGCUCCACUGGCAUUCCGAUACUUCAGAGAACUUUUUGGUAUCAAGCCCGAUGAUUACUUGUAUUCCAUCUGCAGUGAACCUCUAAUAGAGCUGUCCAACCCUGGAGCCAGUGGAUCCUUGUUUUUUGUGACCAGUGAUGAUGAAUUUAUCAUCAAAACCGUUCAGCAUAAAGAAGCUGAAUUCCUUCAGAAGCUACUGCCAGGCUAUUAUAUGAACUUAAACCAGAAUCCAAGGACUCUUUUGCCAAAAUUUUAUGGACUGUAUUGCAUGCAGUCAGGAGGCAUCAAUAUCAGGAUUGUGGUGAUGAACAACGUCUUACCGCGCUCCAUGAGAAUGCACUUCACGUAUGACCUGAAGGGCUCCACUUACAAGCGAAGAGCUUCCCGAAAGGAGAGAGAGAAAUCCAACCCCACGUUUAAGGACUUAGAUUUCCUGCAAGACAUGCACGAAGGGUUAUAUUUUGACACAGAAACAUACAACGCACUCAUGAAAACACUUCAGAGGGACUGCCGGGUGCUGGAGAGCUUCAAAAUCAUGGACUAUAGCCUUUUGCUGGGAAUCCACAUCUUGGACCAUUCCCUCAAAGAGAAGGAAGAGGAGAACUCACAGAAUGUGCCUGAUGCUAAGCGGUCCGGGAUGCAGAAGGUCCUCUAUUCCACGGCGAUGGAAUCCAUCCAGGGUCCAGGGAAACCCGGAGAUGGGAUCAUCGCAGAGAACCCGGACACAAUGGGAGGCAUUCCAGCUAAAAGCCAUAAGGGAGAAAAACUACUUUUAUUUAUGGGCAUUAUUGAUAUUCUGCAAUCAUAUAGGUUAAUGAAGAAGCUAGAACAUUCCUGGAAAGCUCUGGUCUAUGAUGGGGAUACCGUUUCAGUUCAUCGACCAAGCUUUUAUGCUGACAGGUUUCUCAAGUUUAUGAAUUCCAGAGUUUUCAAGAAAAUUCAAGCCUUGAAGGCCUCGCCUUCUAAAAAACGUUGCAACUCCGUCGCCGCCCUGAAGGCCACCUCGCAAGAGAUCGUGUCCUCAAUUAGCCAGGAGUGGAAGGACGAGAAGCGGGACUUGCUGACCGAGGGGCAGAGUUUCAGCAGCCUUGACGAAGAAGCCCUGGGAUCCCGACACAGGCCGGACCUUGUGCCUAGCACCCCGUCACUGUUUGAAGCUGCUUCCUUGGUAACCACUAUUUCAUCGUCUUCCUUAUAUGCCGAUGAACAGUGUCCACACGACAGGACUGCGCUCUAUUCAAACAGUAAAGGGUUACCUUCCAGUUCAACAUUUACCUUGGAAGAGGGGACCAUCUACUUGACUUCUGAGCCGAACGCUCUGGAAAUGCAGGACGAUAAUGCCUCCGUGCUUGAUGUCUAUUUAGGCUGCCCAGACGCCAAGUCCCUGGAUCCAGGCGGCUUCACCAGAACCACAGUGUCGUGGCGGUGGAGGCCAGACGUCCGGAUGCAGGUGUCCGCAAGGCCAGGCUCCAUCCAUCUAAAGGCGCUCGGGAGAGAUCCUUCCCGGCUGCUUCCAGCCUUCGGUGGCUGCGUGCGGUCCUUGGCAUUCUUCGCCGUGCAGCCCUAAUCUCUGCCUGUGUCUGCCCAUGGCGCUCGCCUCGGUGCCUUUGCGUGAACCCCCUUCCUGUGCAACGUCAGGCAGAGCGGCCGCACGCACACCCUCGCAGGAACCGGGAUUUUGUCCGUGUUCCUGCUUGCGGCGGACCCUACUGCCACCUACUGGCAGAAAGGCGCCUCUGCCCGCGGGCCAGAGGCGGUAGCGGAAGUCCUUGAAUUGAAACUGUAUUAAAAAAAAAA